AUAUUUCUAUCCUUCAUUCUUCAGUUCUCUUAGUACCGUCUUUCCCGUUUAAAUACACACAAUGGCUUCCAACGGUACCAAUGGCGCCUCCGCCUCCAACAGCUUUACUGUGAAGGCCGGUUUGGCCCAGAUGCUGAAGGGUGGUGUGAUUAUGGACGUCGUCAACGCAGAGCAGGCCCGCAUUGCGGAGGAGGCCGGUGCCGCUGCCGUGAUGGCCCUGGAGAGAGUCCCCGCCGACAUCAGAGCCCAGGGUGGCGUUGCCCGCAUGUCUGACCCCAGCAUGAUCAAGGAGAUCAUGGCUGCUGUCACCAUUCCUGUCAUGGCCAAGGCCCGUAUCGGUCACUUUGUUGAGUGCCAGAUCCUCGAAGCCAUCGGCGUUGACUACAUCGACGAGUCCGAAGUCCUUACUCCUGCCGACGAUGUCUACCACGUGAAGAAGCACGACUACAAGGUUCCUUUCGUCUGUGGUUGCCGCAACCUGGGCGAGGCACUCCGUCGUAUCGCCGAAGGUGCUGCUAUGAUCCGUACUAAGGGCGAGGCCGGUACCGGAGACGUCGUUGAAGCCGUCAAGCACAUGCGGACGGUCAACUCCCAGAUCGCCCGCGCUCGUGCCAUCCUCCAGAACUCCACUGACCCCGAGAUUGAGCUGCGCGCCUACGCUCGUGAGCUUGAGGUCCCUUAUGAGCUUCUGCGUGAGACCGCCGAGAAGGGCCGUCUUCCCGUUGUCAACUUCGCUGCUGGUGGUGUUGCCACUCCCGCUGACGCCGCACUCAUGAUGCAGCUGGGCUGCGACGGAGUGUUCGUCGGUUCCGGUAUCUUCAAGUCUGGUGAUGCGAAGAAGCGCGCCAAGGCUAUCGUCCAGGCUGUGACUCACUACAAGGACCCCAAGGUCCUUGCCGAAGUCAGCGAGGGUCUGGGUGAGGCCAUGGUUGGUAUCAAUGUCUCUCAGAUGCCUGAGGCCGACCGAUUGGCCAAGAGAGGAUGGUAAUUGCACUACUGUCUCUUCUUGUGAUUCUUCUUAUGUUCUUGUCAUGAUAUGGGCGUUGGAAAAGUUGAUAUAGCGUUCUUUGAUGCAUUUUGCAUUCAAGACUUUCAGGUACAUUAUGGUUAGGGUGUUCUGUGCAUUCGUCCUUACUCAUGUAGACAAGCGCAGAAUUGAUGAAGACUUACUCUAAUU